CGGGCUGUCAAUCAAGAGGCGCACGACCGACGAGCUACUGCAGGUGCAAAGCUGGGCACUGGGCUAAGGCUGCUGCUGCUGAGGAUAAAACACACAUUUCAAGAUGGCGUCUGCAAAUGCCACAUAUGGACAGAAGGAGUCUUCGGACCAGAACUUUGAUUACAUGUUUAAAAUCCUCAUCAUUGGGAACAGCAGUGUAGGAAAGACGUCCUUCCUUUUCCGCUAUGCAGACGACUCCUUCACGCCGGCCUUCGUCAGCACAGUGGGCAUCGACUUUAAGGUCAAGACCAUCUACAGAAACGACAAGAGGAUAAAGCUGCAGAUCUGGGACACUGCUGGUCAGGAGCGCUACAGGACGAUCACCACAGCUUACUACAGGGGAGCCAUGGGCUUCAUCCUCAUGUAUGACAUCACCAACGAGGAGUCCUUCAAUGCGGUUCAAGACUGGUCCACCCAGAUCAAGACAUACUCAUGGGACAAUGCCCAGGUCCUCCUGGUGGGGAAUAAGUGUGAUAUGGAGGACGAACGAGUGGUGGCUGCAGAAAGGGGCCGGCAGCUCUCAGAACAGCUGGGUUUCGAGUACUUUGAGGCGAGCGCUAAAGAUAACAUAAAUGUGAAGCAGACCUUUGAGCGGCUGGUGGACAUUAUCUGCGAGAGGAUGACAGAGACUCUGGACAACACCGACCCGGCCGUCACCGGAGCCAAACAGGGGCCACAGCUCACCGAGCAGCCACAGAGGUCUAGUCAGGAUUGUGCUUGUUAAACACGAACACACUGUUUACUUUCCUUGUAUCUACAUGCAAGUUUACGUUUUAUUUUUUUUUCAUAUGUCUCUCACUUUUCCUUUUUAAGUUAAAGCAACUGUAUCACACCCAAACACUGCCACACAGAGAAACACAACCUGGCUGCUUUACAUUCAUUCCACCUAUCGCACUAUACCAAAAGCUCUAAACCCUUAAAGUUGAUGUUUUUCUGAGGUAUCAUCUUUAAAGUUGUUUAUUAUCAACAGGGGAACAUCCCAGGUUUUCUUUCUUUCUUAUUGGUGAAUCAACACUAUAUUGUAUCACACCAAGUCAUCAGAGCAGUCAAUCCUUACACCGUAUUGACAUCUCAGCAGGUUUUUUCUUAAACAUGGUUAAAAACAAAGGGGGAUAUUUAGGCGAUCUUUAAUUCCCCCCUUUUUAGAAUUCACAGCCUCAAACUUAGAUGGAUUCAAUCAGUUCCAUUUCCUUUAAAUAGUCCCAUUGGAAAUCUACUGUAUGUGUGUUGCUGUGGAUAGCUGUGCUGUUUGUUUUUAACACUUAUGAAAUUGGUUGUGUCUUGUUUUGAGGAGGUGAAAUCACUCCUCAUUCCUGAGUGUUGUGGUUGAGCUUCAGGUAAUUAUGGACCAAGUCUGAUGUCUAAAAAAGGGGUCAUUGAAAAGUUUCUUUCAUGUACUUUUAGUUUAAAAAAAAAAAUCAUGCAUAUCAGUUUGCUGGACAAGUAGACCCUUUCCCACAUCUCACAUUCCUUUCCUUAUUUAUUUUUCUGUUAUCUUAACUGAAUGGCAGUCUCAGUUUCUGUGUUGAUCCAGUGUAAGGAGCUCCACAGCAAAUGAAAGGUUUUUUUUUUUACAUUUUUGUUACUUUUUUAAGUCUCAUUAAAAGGAACAAGAAGAGUGUGUAAAUGUCUAAAGAUAUGAAUAUGUAACAUAUACAUAUUUAAUUAAUAUAUAAUACAAUGAUGAUGUGUUAGAAUAUUGGAUUCCUGCCUGUGCAUUAGGAGGACGUGCAUGUUGUUGAUGUUUUUAACUGGUUCUGGCUGACUGGAUGGUUGUUUGUAUGAUCUGUUGUCUCAGUUUUAAACCCACCUGUCUUACAGUGUUACCUCUCAGAGGUACCAUGUGAAGUCUGUGGCCCCUUCUCAUUUUAUUUACUGUCAGUCACUGUAGUGUGAAACAUGCACUCACUAGACAGGCACAUGGGAGCACAGAUAUAUCCCAGAUCCACCAUCUCCAAUUAGCUUUGGUAAAAAGAAAACGUUAUCUUUAUGUUUUGGGGGGAAACAUGAUGUUUUUAAAAGCAUGUUAAAUGUCAAAAUGUGACUUUUAUUUCUCUCUGAUGCUCGUGUGUACAGUACCAAACCUCCUGUAUGUCUUGCAUUCACAGAUGAGCUGAGGCAUGCAAAAUAUCUUCAACACCUAAGUUAUUUCAAAGUAUGAUGUAUUUAUUUUGUAUUACUUGUAACUUUAUUUAUUUUUGAGAUUUUGUUCUUCUUAGAUGAUGCAUUGCAACCUGCACUCUGCUUUUUAAAGAGCUGUUUGAUUGUAUUCAACCUCUUCAACCGUCCCAGCUUUUAAUAUGAAAACAUAUUUGUGUUUACAGUGGAAAAAAAAAGUUUCAGAUGCUUCCUCAAGAGGAGAGUUAAACAUUCCAGUGUAAGAAUCUCUUAUCAUGUCAACACAGCUUUGGCAGGAAGUUUGUUUGUCUUUUGAUAUCAGUCGUGUAGCUUUUAAGACUUAGUAGGACUGUUCUCACAGAGCAAUAGCAGUGUUUUUCCCUCCACACCCAAAUAAUCAGCAACGUACAAUCCUGCUGAAUGUUUUUAAUACAAGUUCUGUGCUCGGGUGUGUGAAUGUACAGUUUGUAUUGAGGCUGUAUUGAUUAUUAUUCUUUUCCAAAGAGAUCCAGAGAAUGCAUUUGGAGCCAAAAAAAGGAGCAUCUUGUUCUUGUCCUUGUCGGCGUCUGCUAGCCUUGCACUGAAAAACCUGUCAGGUAGAGUUUUCCUGCUCUGUGCAGAAGCUUCAAAAAAAGGGAAAAUGUUUUGAAAGUUCUCUGAAUACUUUGAACACUUCAUUAAAAUAGUAAUUACUUACUGCAUUGGUUCACUUUUGACUUGUAUGUUAUCUCUUUUUGUUACUUUAUUUAUUGUGUUUUGCUACAGCUGUAAACUUUCCUGACUUAGGAACAUGUAUCCUGUUCAACCGUCCUUCCCUUCCUCCUCGUCCCUCCCUGUCAGAAACAACACGUGUAAAUAGGAAAUUUUCUUCCCCACCAGGUAUUUAGUUGUGUGAAUUGUGCUGUACUUCUGUAAUGCCAGAUUUGCUAAAAUAACAAAUCAAUAAAGAAAUUCUUAAAGCU